AAAAAAAAAAAAAAAAAAAAAAAAAAAAUAAUAAUAAUUACUAUUAUUUAAGUCGUCACAUAAAUGUCUGUGCAAUAUUUUAUUUUAUUUUAUUUUAUUCCAUUUUAUAUUAUUCCAUUUUAUUCUGUUUUAUUAUGCUUUAACUAGUUUAUAUUCUUUACUUGACCAAAAUUAAAUAAUAAUAUUAACCAUAAUAAAUGACGGCUAAUUCACAAAAACAACAAACUUCUAAUCAUUGGUUAAGUAAUAUUCUUCGUUCACGAGCAUCAUCAAUAACUGUAGAAUCUUGUCUCAAUCUUUCUAGUAAAGAUCCGUCUCAACCAUUAGAUGCUCGACCUAUUUUACCAUUACUCGAACAAUCACAGCCUUUACAAUCCCGUUGUAAACAUUUAGCAGUAUUUUCUGAAAUUUGUAAAACCUAUCGAUUUACACAUUUGGAAAAUGUGUUCUUUACAGUACAGGACAUACUUCAACCAAAUAUGCCACGUGAAGCUCGACAUGGCGUAUUUGAGUUCAUGUUAGCUUGUAUUAUUGGCCAAUAUAACGACUUGGGUAUGGCGCGGGUGACAUUUUAUGCCUCAUUGCGAAACUACACCCACUGGGAGGACUUUGAUGAUAUGUACAAGACCUUAUUUGCUUUAUGUAAAGGAGGCAGAGAUAUCUCUGGUUUCGAAAAGAACAUUACAAAGUUGAUAAUUCAUUGGCUAGAUGUCGCAUUACAACAGAAAUCUUCUCAACAACAAAUACAAGCAAUACCUUAUUUAAGCGACUUGAUGCAUUUCCUUACGGUCAUCGCUAAAUUUAACUUUGCUUUGUUUGAGGAGGAUGAGGUAGCACAAAUGAUUCUUGCAGCACACAAGGCAUUUUUUUCUUCUCAACAUUUAGAUGAUAUUCAAGCAUGUCUAGAAUUUACAGAUAUUGUUGUACGCUAUCGGUUCGUUCCUUUUGAAGCAUUAACACCAUUUUUGGAUAUUGUUGCUGCUUCUGCUAUAUUGUUAUCGGAUACUACUCGACAAAAGCCUGUUGCUACUUCAAGUAAUGCUGUAUCUUGUUGGCCGAUAUUUUUAAACUUACUUCGAUCUCAUUGCGCACAUUCAGCUAUAUUAACAUUAUGCCGGUUCUUAGAUAAGCAACCGUCUAAAAUAGAUAAAGAGAACAUUUUGAUAAAAGGAGCUAUUAGAUUAUUAAGCGAAAUAGCUUGGGGAAAAACAAACAGAAUAGGUGCAGAAACAUAUAUGGUUUCUGAUUCUAUAAUAUUAAUGUAUUUGAAAAGAGUUGCUACAAAAGGAAACGACAUCAUAAAUGGUACCAUCUUAAAAUCUUUAAUAUUACUAAUCGAAACACCGGAAAAUAACCUAAGUUUAAUGGAUUGGGAUGAAGUAUGGGAUAUUGUCGAUAUUAUCACAAGUUAUGUAAAGAAAACGACAGAUAAUAACAGUAACAGUGAUAUCAAUUUAUUCAACGUCGAAACAUCAGGUUCAUCUUCUUUAUCUUGUAUUCAUCAAUUUGCUUGCUUUAUUCAGAUUGUAAUCCAGUUAUACAAAAAGAAGGACUAUAAGGGCCCCUUGAGUCGAUUUAUGAACGUUCUCUUUGAACUGCGUGCUUAUUGUUGUGAUAAUACUGCUUCUAUUCUCUUAAAUUACUAUGUUACUGAACAUCUAUUACUACCAUCCUCUAAGAAUUGGUUAAAAUUAUUACAAGAAGUUACUAAUACAUUCUAUAUUUAUGCUAACCCGACUACAACAACAACAGCUAUUCGUCUGACUAUGUUGAAUAUUGUAGCGGAUGUAUGUGCUUCAGUCAAGGAUUUUUAUUCAGAGAAUAUUUAUGAAGCAGUUGUUAUCCCUAUUAUGCAAAGACUCCCUUUGGAGACAGAUCCUCAUAUACGACAGUUAGCAAUUGAUUUAAUGGUAUCAUCAUUGUCAGAUUGUCAAAGUGAGUCAAUCUUCAAUAAUAUGAUUACCAUAUUAAGAGAAUGUGCAAAGUGUCAAUGUAGUACCAUUGAUGAACAGCAGCAACAACAACACCAUCAUAAUCAGUCUUUAAAUAAUAAAUUAUCCUCUUCUAUUCGACCUCCUCAUUCACCACAAAUACACAGAACUACUAAUUCAGCUUCAUCGUCCGUUACUGCAUCUCCUUCUAUUUCUUCUACAACACAACAGUUUAAAGCAAAUUUGACAUUCAUAACUGAGACUACAACAGAUGCUUUUCUUCGCGGCGAACAUUGUCAAGGUGUACCUGCUAUGUGUGGUAUCUCUGAACUAUUUGAAAAUUUUUUAUUAGCAUCAAAUAGUAAAUUUUGUGAAAAAACCUUUAAUAUUAUCACUGAAAUUGCUAAUGAUCGUUCAGAUCUUGCAUGUCCUUAUGGUGGACCUAAGAUUGUUGCUUUAGAUCUCUUAUUAAGAUUUAGAUGUCCAACAAACCAUCAUUUAUUUCUUAUUCAUGACAGUAUAAAAGAAGAAAACAGUGUUAUAUCUGUAAUUCAAAAAAAGCUUGUCGGUAGUACGAUACCCUGUCCUGCUAUUAGUUCAAAACAAGGAUCUUCUGGUAUUCAACCAUCUGAGCCAACCAAAGGACAAGAAAAACAGCCUGUAUUUUAUCCAAACCCUAAUAUUCUAUCUUAUAGUGAAAAGCUUAAUGAGGGGAUAGAAACUGUGUUAGAUAUUAAUGAAAUGUUGAAAUCUUAUGUUCGUAUCCUUUCUCAUUCACCAAACUGGUCAGUUGUAUUAUUUGUUUUGAAACGACUACCUCAACAGUUAAGUAACAAACAUUUAUUCUGUGGCGCUUCACCCCAUAUAAACAAGCUUCGCCGUCGACUCGUCAAAUGGACAAGCACACGAAAGUUUUUAGAAUCUGUUGUUAACUUACCACCUCAUACUAAACGCAAUGACCUUCUUGUCUAUGCUUACAACUUGUUAACGGUUUUAAUCUCUUACCGACGUGUUUUUACUGAACCUAAACAGGAUCAAGACGAAAUUGUGUAUGCAUUCUAUGUGGGAAUUACACAAGUGACAAGCGCAACACGGCUCUGUAUUAAUUCCCUUGCUGUUUGCUGUCAUGAAAUGCCACUCUCCGUAACGAAAAUGUUGAAUGAGAUUCUUCAACGUAUGUCUCAAAUUAUUUCUGUUAGUAGUGUUUCAGUUCACAUUUUGGAAUUUUUAUCUUCAUUAGCGCGAUUACCUAAGCUCUAUGCUAAUUUUACUGGAGAUAUGUAUAAACCUGUGUUUGCAAUUGCUUUGAACUAUUUGCAAUAUUCUCGUACACAACAACAGCAACAGCAACAACAACAACAACAACAGCAGCAGCAGCAGCAACUGCAGCAACUGCAGCAGCAACUGCAACAACAAUCACCCCUAAAUACACCUGCUACUUCACCUAUGAUGAGUCCUGGUACUAAUACUACAAUCCCUGCUAUCAGUGGUUCAUCAACAAUCAAUGGACAAAAAGAAAUUGGUCAGAGCGCUCUAAAACAAUAUGUAUUAAUUAUGGCAUAUUUAGUUAUUACCGUUUGGUUUACAGCUAUCCCAUUACGUGAACGUCGAAAACAUGUACCCUUUAUUAUUCAGCGUUUAUUAAGCGGCAUUUCUAUAGGAAAAUCAAUUGAUGAGCAAACAUAUACUUGUAUUGAUAUGCUUUCUCGAUUUUCAUUUGCUGAUGUAAGUCUUGCUCCUGAAAAGUCGAUUGUGUCCAAGAUUUUAAUGGGAGAUGGUGAUACGACAGCAUCAUCUACUAAGCAGAGUCAACGUACGUGGGUAUAUGGCCAUACUUUGUUGACAUUGAAGAUGGCUAAAUCGUCAGGAUGGAUCGAAGUGACUGUACGUCGACCCUCAGGUACAGUGUCCAUGAUGUGCUAUAUCGAGAAUAAAGUUAAAUCAGAUAACAUUGAUUAUCGAACCUUACCAGCACUCUUAAUGAUGCAGUAUCAACCUGAUAUUAUGGCUUCCAAAAUGUUAAAAGAUCGUGAUAAUAAUAGGAAUGAUGAUGAAGAACAAGUCCAAGAAGAUAAUAUUGAAGAAAAUCAAAAUACCAAGGAUCGAAAUAUAGAGAAGCCUGAUAACUUACUAAAUGAUGAUGGGCUUGAACAACAAGUUGUAACAAAUGCAGCUUCAGAGGCACAAUCAGAAGGAUUAGUAGUAGGUCCUUCAAAAAUAAAAGAUUCAUUGACUGAUAUGACAUCUCCAUCAACACUAGAGGCUCGUAGACCUUCAUUUAGUCAAAUGUUGGUAAGCAAUAACUCCGACAUUGCUAUUGAUAUGUCCAAUCCAAACAAUUGCCUUGGUAUAGAGGUGACUACGAAUGAUACUGUCAGAGAUAAAUCGUUGAUUGAAAAUGAAAGACAAGCAGUAGAAACAGCUGUUCGUGAGGUGUUAUCAGACCCCAAAUUGACCGGUGAUGAAUCAAGUUCUACCUAUUAUAAUCCUGUUACGCAGUUACGUAAAAUUGAACCAUCCAUUGACCCUGGCUUCCUGUAUCUUCAGUUCAAUAACUAUCCUGAUAUAGGUCGUACCCUCGAUAUUUCACCUCCUUUACCUGAUGAUGAAACAACUGCACGUACACUAGCUACGUUUGAUCGUAUUCCUGUUGUUGACUUUCAUAAGAUUGGAGUGUUGUACGUAGUGGAUAUUUUAGCCAACACAUACGGGUCACCCGAUUAUGUACGAUUUUUGAAUGCUCUGGGCACAAUUCAACGUUUACAUGGACGUACGGGUAAUACAGGUGGUCUUGACAAGGAAAUGGACAUUGAUGGGCGAUUUGCUUAUUUUUGGAAAGAUGAUGUAACAGAAGCUGUCUUUCAUGUUGCAACCUUGAUGCCUACCAACUUGGAACGUGAUCCACAAUGUAGUGCUAAGAAGAGACAUAUUGGUAAUGACUAUGUAUCGAUUGUCUACAAUGAUUCCGGAUUAGACUAUGCGUUUGAUACUUUACCUUCACAAUUUAAUUUCAUUAAUAUCAUUGUCUCUCCACAUUCAAUUUCAACAGAAGCAAUGUCACCAGCCCACGCAUUGACAGAGUUACAACGUAGACCUGAUAUGCCAGAUAUUGGGCCUUUUGGUGAGGAGCCUAAAUUAGUAACAGCAAUUCAUGCGAAUAUUUUUGCUCAAGUCUUUUGGCAAAGUGCAAGUGCUGGAGGAAGACACGAAUAUGUUUCUCACUGGCGAGAAAGAUUACGACAAAUUCAAAGAGCUGCUAAUAAUAGCUUAUCUUCUUCAGCUACGCCUACUAUACCUGAAAAUAAUGCAAAUCCAAACAGCAAUGCUGGAAAGAUCGGUAAAGACGGUUAUCCCUACGAAGCUUUACUUGAUUUCACAAAGUAUACAUAACAAUAAAGAUUUGUUCAUAUAUCCCCUUUAAUUUUUUUUUUAUUUUUUGGUGGUUUUAUUUAUAUAC